AAAAUAUUGAAAUUCAGUUCUUCCUUGCCUGUUGUGUUCCCUCACCCAUUCAAUUUCAAUGGCGUCAUCCUCAAUUACAGUGAACUGUAGAAAGUCCAUUGCUCUUAUCAUUCAGUAAUAAUCGAAAGUUCUAUUUAUAUUUCUAUUUUUCUGAAAUGGGCGUUGGUGGGCACUUCUGGGAUUUGCUCAAACCCCAUGCUCGAUUUGAAGGGUUCGAUUUUCUGAGGAACAAAAGGGUCGCCGUGGACUUGUCGUACUGGAUUGUACAGCACGAAACCGCCAUUAAAGGGUUCACGAGGAAACCCCAUAUUCGCCUGACUUUCUUCCGAACCAUCAAUCUUUUCUCCAAGUUUGGAGCGUACCCUGUAUUUGUACUCGAUGGGACUCCUUCGCCGUUAAAGUCUCGGGCAAGGAUAAUGAGGUUUUUCAGAGCAUCCGGUGCUGACCUGUCGAGCUUGCCGGAGGCAGAUGAGGGUGUCUCGGUGGAAAGGAACAACUCGUUUAGGAAAUGUGUUGAAGAAUGUGUGGAAUUGCUUGAACUGCUUGGUAUGCCUGUCUUGAAAGCAAAAGGAGAAGCUGAAGCCCUUUGUGCACAGUUGAAUAGAGAAGGGCAUGUGGAUGCUUGCAUCACUGCUGAUAGUGACGCAUUUCUUUAUGGUGCACAGUGCGAGCCAUUAGAAUGCUACCAUGUAUCAGAUAUCGAGACAGGUCUUGGGCUCAAAAGAAAUCAUUUGAUAGCUGUUUCUUUGUUGGUCGGUAAUGACCACGACUUAAACGGUAUAACGGGAAUUGGGGUAGAUAAGGCCGUCCGAUUUGUAAAAUCCUUUGACGAGGACGAAAUAUUGAACAGGUUACGUGAGUUAGCUAGAGGUGAUAUUGGAAGUGAAUUUAUAUGCUUUUCCUCUGAUGAGAAAUCACCAAAGCAGAAAAAACCCCAUUGUUCUUACUGUGGACACCCGGGAAAAAAGAAAGCCCACUUCGAGUUUUCUUGUGAAUUUUGCAAUUCAAUUGCUGGUCAGAGUUGCACGCAGAAAUCAGACAGGAUAGAAAAAGCCAAGAAGAAAGACUCGACAUGGAGACUCACGAUCUGCCAAAAGAUUGCAUCACAGCAAAAGUUUCCUUGUAAUGAAAUAAUACAGAUGUAUCUGAGGAGCCAUAAUGGAGUUGAUGACGAGCCGAAUAUAGUGUGGUCAAGCCCAAAUACAGAAAUGCUAGUGGACUACUUAGCCUAUCAGCAGCAUUGGGAACCAUCUUACAUCAGGCAAAGACUAAUCCCAAUGCUAUCGACUAUAUAUCUCCGGAAAAUAUUCUCGGGCCCAAAGGACGACGACUUGCUUUAUGGGCAAUACGAAUUUCACGGCAUUCAGCGUGUUAAAACGAGAUACGGGCACAGGUGCUUUGUCGUUAAUUGGAAGAAGAAAGGCUCGACUUUUGUUCGUGAUGAUGAUGCUGACUCUGCAUUUCCUGAAGAAUCCAGUGAACUUGAUGAAGUUGAUGUCCCGUACAUUCGUGUAGAAGGCGGUUACUGUAUUUUGUCGACUGAUGAGGAUAUGGAGCUUGUGCAGAAAGCUUUUCCAGAGAAAACGAGCCAGUUCUUGAAGGAGAAGGAACUGAAAGAGAUGAAAUCGCGAAAAAAGAAAGGAACACCUGAAAAAACCGAGUCACCUGGCGUGCAGUUGAGUAUCACUGAGUUUUUUCGAUCGUCCAAAACUACAGUUUGCCAGAAAAAGCCUGAAGAAAAUGCUGGAAGCAGUCGAGGUUCUUCAGAAGGCAAGAGGAAAGAUUCGAGUUCCAGAAUUUCAAAGUCUGUCAGGCGCCGGUUAUUGUUUGGUUAACUGUAUAAGCUUCUACUUGAAUAAUACGGUGACUGUAAAUUCUUUUUAGCGCCUAUCGUGAUUUAUUAUCUUUU